GCCGACAAUGGCGACUGCGCCCGCCUGAGCCGGGCUUCGUUGACGACUAAUUUCGUGACGUUGUCGCGGCAGCCGCCGUCGUCCCAGACCCGCGUCACCUCGGCCUCUUUGCGCUCCUGAAGCGUGCUCCUGGGCUAGGGUGCAAACAUGAACACCAGCCACUUGGAUGGGGAUGAGUUUGAUGAGCAGUUGCGAAUGCAAGAAUUGUACGGAGACACCAAGAACGGCGACAUCCAGAACGAUCCCGGUGGAGAAACCGAUUCUUUCGGGCAGCAGUCGACUGACACCCCCUACGAGUGGGACCUGGACAAGAAGGCUUGGUUCCCCAAGAUCACUGAAGAUUUCAUUGCUACAUACCAGGCCAAUUAUGGCUUUUCUAAUGAUGGUCCAUCUAAUUCUACUGCAAACGUACAGCACAUCAAUACUAGGACUGCAGAGGAACCUCCGCAAAGAAAAACCCCUGAACCCUCUGAUCCCAGAAAGAGGGGAGAAAAAAGAAAGACUGAGUCAGGUUGGUUUCAUGUGGAAGAAGACAGAAAUACAAAUGUAUAUGUGUCUGGUUUGCCUCCAGACAUUACAGUGGAUGAAUUUAUCCAACUUAUGUCCAAGUUUGGCAUUAUCAUGAGAGAUCCUCAGACAGAAGAAUUUAAGGUCAAACUUUACAAAGAUAAUCAAGGAAAUCUUAAAGGAGAUGGGCUUUGCUGUUAUUUGAAGAGAGAAUCUGUGGAACUUGCAUUAAAACUUCUGGAUGAAGAUGAAAUUAGAGGCUACAAAUUACAUGUUGAGGUGGCAAAGUUUCAACUGAAAGGGGAAUAUGAUGCCUCAAAGAAGAAGAAGAAGUGUAAAGACUAUAAGAAGAAGCUGUCUCUGCAACAAAAGCAGUUGGAUUGGAGACCUGAGAGGAGAGCAGGGCCAUCUCGGAUGCGCCAUGAGCGAGUUGUCAUCAUCAAAAAUAUGUUUCAUCCUAUGGAUUUUGAGGAUGAUCCAUUGGUGCUGAAUGAGAUCAGAGAAGACCUUCGAGUAGAGUGUUCAAAGUUUGGACAAAUUAAGAAGCUCCUUCUCUUUGAUAGGCACCCAGAUGGUGUGGCCUCUGUGUCCUUUAGGGAUCCAGAGGAAGCUGAUUAUUGUAUUCAAACUCUUGAUGGAAGGUGGUUUGGUGGCCGUCAGAUCACUGCCCAAGCGUGGGAUGGGACUACAGAUUAUCAGGUGGAAGAGACCUCAAGAGAAAGGGAGGAAAGGCUGAAAGGAUGGGAGGCUUUCCUCAACACUCCUGAGGCCAAUAAAGGCCUUCAGCGUUCCAAUUCCGUCUGUGCUUCAGAAAGGGCAGGGCCUUCUAGAAUAAGGCAUUUUUCAGAGCACCCUAGCACAUCUAAAACGAAUGCUCAAGAAGCUGCAACUGGAAUGGCAUUUGAAGAACCUAUAGAUGAGAAGAAGUUUGAAAAGACACAAGAUGGGGGAGAAUUUGAAGAAGAUGCUUCUGAAAAAGAUGCUAAAGAAAGUGGUCUCCAAAAAGAGGCUGAAGAAGGCUGCCCCCAAAAAGCAUCUGAAGAGAGCAGUCCUAAAAAG